AAAUUUGUAAGCAUGGAUUCAACUUUUAACUAUUAACAAAACCAUAACAAAAAGAACUGGCUACUUAGCUUGGCCUUUAAAUAGAGCGAUGAUAUAGGUUAGCUUCAUAGCUUUCAGUAUGGGAAAUAGGGAGUGAAGCUGAAUGAAAAAGAAUUCUCGCAAUUUGAAAAGUUUAUACCUUUGUCUUGCAUCCAGCAAACAUCCUUUCGCAGUAGCAGAACAUGUGAUUUGUUGUGUGGUGCUGCCAUUGGUGAUAUUUUUAUAGGCUGUAAAAGAUACCAUGGAUCCCAUUCACAGAAGUGAUACCCUCCGAGAUGGCAGUCUUAGAAUUCUCCACAGUUUCAUAACAUGUGUUAAUCCACAAUCUGUGAUGCUGUAAUGCCUCCCAAUGUCUGAGGCAGUGGCAAAAUUGGAGACACGGCAGGACUCCGGGAACUUGUGUUCUCAAGUUGUGACAGGAGAGGCCCGUUUACGUCAACUUGAAGCACUGUUCCUUGGUGGUCCUGUGCAGGGACAGGGCCAAUGCUUCAGUAUAGAAACUUUGCUGGAUGUACUUCUGGUGCUGUAUGAUGAGUGUUGCAAUUCUUCUCUUAGAAGAGAGAAAACAGUAUCUGAUUUCAUCGAAUUUGUUAAACCUGUCGCAACAAAUUUGAAGGCAUUGCGCCUUUCACGUGAUGAUUUUGAGAUUAUUAAAGUAAUUGGAAGAGGAGCCUUUGGAGAAGUUUGUGUUGUAAAAAUGAAGGGUUCAGAGAAAGUGUUUGCAAUGAAGAUUUUGAAUAAAUGGGAGAUGUUGAAAAGGGCAGAAACAGCCUGCUUCAAAGAAGAAAGGGAUGUUCUGGUGUUUGGAGAUAGAAGAUGGAUCACGAAUCUUCAUUAUGCAUUUCAAGAUGAAUCAAAUUUAUACUUAGUAAUGGAUUAUUACUGUGGUGGUGACCUGCUCACAUUACUUAGUAAAUUUGAGGACCGUUUGCCUGAAGACAUGGCUAAGUUUUAUAUUGCAGAAAUGGUUCUUGCCAUUGGAUCUAUUCAUGAUCUAAGAUAUGUUCAUCGAGAUAUAAAACCAGAUAAUGUUUUACUUGAUGCUAAUGGACACAUUAGGUUAGCUGAUUUUGGAUCAUGCUUAAAAUUGUUUGAGGAUGGAACAGUACAAAGCAAUGUUGCUGUUGGAACUCCUGAUUAUAUUUCACCAGAAAUUCUUCGGGCUAUGGAAGAUGGACAGGGAAGGUAUGGUCCUGAAUGUGAUUGGUGGUCGCUUGGUGUUUGUAUGUAUGAAAUGUUGUAUGGUGAGACCCCAUUUUAUGCAGAAUCACUUGUGGAGACGUAUGGGAAGAUAAUGAAUCAUAAGAACUGCUUUGACUUCCCAACAGAUAUGGGUCUGGAAGUCUCUGAAGAAGCCAAAGAUCUGAUGAAAAGACUUAUUUGUAGUUCAGAAUUUAGGUUAGGUCAACAUGGAAUUGAAGACUUCAAGAACCAUCCAUGGUUUGAGGGCCUCGACUGGGAAACAAUACGAGACAGUCGUGCGCCUUACAUUCCAGAGGUCAGCAGUCCAACUGAUACCUCAAAUUUUGAUGUUGAUGACACUGACAUUCGAACUUCUGAUGCUGUACCUCCUACAUCAAAUGCUGUUUUUUCUGCCCUUCAUUUGCCAUUUGUUGGGUUUACAUUCACCCAGGGCUGCUCAGUUUCUGAUCUGGGUUGUAUACCAGCACAUGGAAUCACACCUUCAGAAAGACUUGAAGUUGAAAAACGAAUCUUAGAUUUGGAAGAAGAAAACUUAAGGCUUACAAAACUUCUGUCUGGCAAUGAGGAGGGAAGGUCAAGUGAUGCAGGAAGUGCAAUGAGAAAACUGCAAGAUGAAAUCAAUAUUUUGACAAAAAGGAACUGUGAGUUGGAAGAUAAAAUGAAAGAUCUUCAACAGAUAACAAAUCAGAGGAAAGAUCCUGGCACUGAAAGUGAUGUGCAACAAAAAAUAAAAGACCUUGAAAAGAACAUCAGGAUCCUAAAACAGGAAAGAGACGAAGCUCAGAAGGAAAACCUUGAUGUCCAAGAGAAAAUUAAACUUCAAGAGAAGGAACUUAAAGAUGCUCUAAGCCAGCGGAAGUUAGCAAUGACAGAAUACACUGAAGUGACAGACAGGCUGUCAGAGCUGAGACAACAGAAGCAGAAACUUUCACGUCAGGUUCGGGAUAAGGAGGAAGAGCUGGAAGUAGCUAUGCAAAAAAUUGAUAGCCUUCGACAUGACAUUCGCAAAGCCGAAAAACUUAGAAGAGAACUUGAAGCACGUGUAGAUGAAGCUAUGGCAGAGACAGCAAAAGAACGCAAACUAAGGGAAAGAAGCGAAGAAUAUUGUAAACAAAUGGAGGAAGAAAUUGAGAAGUUGCGACAGAGGAGUAUUAUAGUAGGAGCUGAUAUUUCUGUAGCUAGCCAGUCACAUGCAUCACAGGAAAUAGCAAGGUUAAAGUCUGAGGUAGAAAAGCUCCAAGUGCAGUAUAAUGAGAGCUUACAGCAGCAACAAUCAAGAUUUAAUUUGGAGUGCUCAAGCCUGAGAGAUCAAUUACAGGACUCAGAGAACAGGAGAGAGACUCUUGAAAGAGAGGUACAAGCUGUUAAGGAGAAAUUGGAUGCCACGAGACUUGAAGAUUUGACUGACAGUGAGGAGACAAUUGCAGAGCUCAAGAGGCGUCAUGAACGUGAAAGACUGAUGUUAUUGGAAGACAACAAGAAGUUGAUGAUGGACUUGGACACACUAACUGAGAGUGUAAGUCGAAUACAGAAUGAAAGAAGGCAACUCGAAGAAGAAUACGAAGAACUGAGAAGCAAGAAAGAUGCUAUCGCUCAAUGGGAGGCGCAGAUUAGUGAAAUAAUCCAGUGGGUAAGUGAUGAAAAGGACGCAAGGGGCUAUUUACAAGCAUUGGCAACAAAGAUGACUGAGGAGCUUGAGUUCCUCAAACAUGCUGGAGUGUCCAGUGCAGCCACUGCUGAUAAAAACUGGCGCAAUCGGCGAAGUCAAAAACUUGAUAAAAUGGAACUUCUUAAUCUUCAGAGCAGUUUACAAUCUGAAAUUCAGGCCAAACAGGCUAUUAGCGAAGAGUUAACAAAAACUCGAUCUGAGCUCAUUGCAGCUCAAAAGGAGUUGAGAGAUUUACGUCAGAGGUAUGAUACGUUGUCUCAUGAGGUAAAGAGGAAAGAAAUUCAAAUCAAAGAACUUCAGUCAAGAUUAGAAUCUGGUGAACCAUUUUUGGAUCGUCCUUCAUCUCAGGUAUCAUACUUAGAUCGUUUCCUAAAAGAAACACACCAUGGGGGCUCAGUAGAGAGUGAAGAGGGGGAUGUGGAAGACAACAGAGCCCCUUCAGUAACUAGUAGUAAAUCAAACUUAUCAGAACUCAGUAUAGAUCCAAAUUCAUCUUUAGGACUCGACCUUCAUACAAAGCCAGGACUUCUUGCUCAUCAGUUACCACCCAAACCGAAAUCACAUCAGUUUCUUGUUAGAACAUUUUCUUCGCCUACAAAGUGCAGUCAUUGCACAUCAUUGAUGGUUGGCCUCACUAGGCAGGGUGUAGUGUGUGAAGUUUGUGGCUUUGCAUGCCACAUUGGAUGUUGUGAAAAGGUUCCAGCUAUCUGUCCAGUUCCUUCAGACCAGACAAAAAGACCUCUUGGCAUUGAUCCUACGAGAGGUAUAGGAACAGCCUAUGAAGGGUAUGUUAAAGUUCCCAAAACGGGAGGAGUGAAAAAGGGCUGGAUUCGUCAGUUUGUUGUGGUUUGUGAUUUCAAAUUGUUCCUCUAUGACAUAUCACCUGACAGAAAUGCUCUUCCCUCAGUUUAUGUUUCUCAGGUUUUAGAUAUGAGGGAUGAGGAAUUUUCUGUGAGUUCAGUCAGAGAUUCGGAUGUCAUUCACGCAACGAAGAAAGACAUUCCUUGCAUUUUCAGGAUAACUACAUCACUUAUGGAGCCUCCGGGGUUGAAAAAUCAUACACUAAUGCUGGCAGAUACAGAGAGUGAAAAAACUAAAUGGGUUGUUGCUUUAAGUGAACUUCAUAGAAUACUGAAGCGGAACAAUUUACCCAACAGGACAGUUUUUCGAGCAAAGGAGUUGCUGGAUAAUACACUAGCUUUUAUAAAAAAUGCAAUGUCAGGGGCCAUUAUAGAUCCUGAUCGUCUAGUCAUUGGAACAGAGGAGGGUUUGUUCUGCUUGGAUCUUGAUCGAAGUGAAAUUGCCCGUGUUGGAGAAGGUAAAAAGGUGUAUCAGUUAGAAUAUAUAGUUGAGGAACAGUUGUUAGUUGUUUUAUCUGGGAAACAGAGACAUCUACGCCUGAUUCCAGUGCGGGCACUGGAUGGUGAUGAUGUAGAAUGGAUUAAAGUAGCUGAAACAAAGGGGUGUAUCACCUUUGCAACAGGGGUAAUGAGACGUGCACCUCAACUUGGCUACUGCCUUUGUGUUGCCAUAAAAAGACAGAAUACAUCUCAGCUAAUUAUAUAUGAAGUAACACGUACGAAGACACGGCAUAAACGUCUGAGAGAAAUAAUGUUACCAACUCAAGCACAGACUCUCAAUGUUUUUAGUGAAGGCAGGCUCUGUGUUGGAUAUCAGUCUGGGUUUAGCAUAUACAGUAUUACUGGUGAUCAAAAUGCCUUAUCCUUGGUGCAUCCUGACAAUCAGCUACUUGGUUUCUUAGCAUACAGUGCUGUAGAUGCAAUGCGUGCAAUAGAAUUGUCAAGGGGAGAGUUCCUCCUUGUGUUUCAAACAUUAGGGGUGUAUGUUGAUGCACAAGGCAGAAAAUCUCGUGAUCGUGAAAUCAUGUAUCCUGCCAUUCCUACUGCUGUUAGUUAUUGUGAUGGACAUCUCUUGGUGUACAGUGAAACUCAUGUAGAUGUUUUCAACUGUGCAACUGGAGAAUGGGUACAAACAAUAAAUGUAAAGAAAUCAAGACCACUAAAUGUUACAGGAACCCUUAGUAUUUGUGUUAUAAAUGACAUGCCACACAUAAUCUACCUGAGUAAUGUUCAUCAACGUGAGUUAAUAAAUGUUACUCAGUGUGAUGCUUCUGGCCGCCCAGUUCCAAGACCAAGGCGUAGGUUUUCAUUAAGAGAAGGUCACAGGGCUGCAAGAACGACAGACAGGCGCUCUAAAAUGAUAUCAGCUCCAACAAACUUCAAUCAUAUAAGUCACAUGGGCCCGGGUGAUGGAAUUCAAAUUCAGAGGCUGUUGGACCUACCUACAACGCUGGAAACUGCAGAUCAGACUUUGGCAAGUCCACAGCAACUUCAGGGAAGUCAGCAGAGGCUGUUCCAUUCAGGAGCAAAGCUGGCACAUGCUCCACCCAGACAUCCUUCUCACUCAGAGCAGCGACGUAUUCCAGGGCAUACACAGCGUCCAGCUCAAACAUAUUCAGGUCAUAACGGUUCUACAUCGUCACGUCGUUCAGCUGCUCCACCUAGGCCUGCUGUUACACCACCCUCAUUGCCAAGAUCUCCGGAUGGUCCACCAAUGGAUUCAGAGUCUUCCCUUCUGCAUCAUCAUGCAUCACUGGCAUUGGGUAGCGUACCUUCUCUACAUGAAGUGGGCAAGGACCAGACUGUAAGUGGUGGCAGUCCACGACAUUCAAUAGCUUCCAACAAUAGCAGCAAUCCAAGUACACCACCAAGUCCUGGCCAUGACCACGGGUCUUCGAGCUAUGACAGCUAGUUUAAUUUAUUGGUCUGUACAUAAACUGUUGGGAAACAAUCUCGCAUCAAUGAUAUCUGAUGCUAUUAAGCUGUGUGUUAUUUUCAUUAACAUUUUGGCAAAAAGGAGAGGCAUACAGAUGGUAUAAUACAGAACGCAUUUGUCAGUACUUGUGUAACGUAAGUAAAACAUAUUAUUUUACAUUUAGUCAUUUGCUUUUCCUUCAUAAUAUCACUAAUUUAAUUUUGUUUGUUUUUCUCAUUUCCAAGACUUUUUUGAGUAAGCAUAAAUACAUAUGUAUAUGAGGAGCAGCAUGGCCUUUAUUUUUCAUCAAUGUGUGUUAGGCCUUUUGCUAAUUUUUAGGUGAAAGAAGCUCAUAAAUUUGAAAAUCUGGUAUGUAAUCAUUAAUUUUCUUUCAUUUUGUGUUAUACGCAGUUGUUAUUUACACCCUGCAGGUAAAGAACAGUUUUGUAUAGAGGAUGAUAAUCAUUGUAAGUUAAAUUUGUUGCAUCUCUCAGUAUUUUUAAAUUUUUCUAUGAUUCCAUGUAUCUUUUCUUUGUGAUGUUGCAAAUUCUAGUACUUACAUUAAAAUCAGAAUAUUUUGUACAUAAGUUGCUUAUGUUGAAAUGGGUCGAGUCUUGAAGAGUCAUGCGGAAAUUUGCAAAGUCAAAUUUUAUUUCAAGUUUAGUUUACUGGUAUAUAAUGUAGUACAAUUUUAAUGGAAAAUUUCCAUUGUAAAAAUUUGGAACAAAGUUGCCAAGCACAUUUUGUUUCCUUUUUGGUUUUGUUUAUAUAUGUAAGUGUUUGCAUUCUGUAUUGAGAUAUGAGGGACUUCCAAAUACAAUUUGUGAUUAUUUUUAGUGAGACUACAAAAAUUGACUUUACAUAUGUGGAAAAUGUAUAUUAUAUUUAUUAACAUUGUCGGUAGUAAAGGACUAGGUGGCCCUACCUCAUUUGGUACAUAGCUGUGGUAGGAGGAUUGUGCGUGUAUGUGUGUGCAUGUGUCUUCGGAAUGAAUUAGUGGAUGUUAAGAGUGCACUAAAAUGAGUGAAGUAUGGGCCCUUUUGUAAAAUAGCAUUUCAUUACAACUGUGUAUAUGUUUUCUGUUCAUUUUUUAAGAAUAUGAUUAUAGUUUUAUUUUAUCAGGGAAUGCUAACAAUAAUGGUGAAAUAAUCCAAUGCCUAACUGUACAAAUUUUUAAGCAGUAUGUUUUGUAAUUCAGUCAUAUUCUGCAACUUCAAAUUUUAUAUUUAAAUAUAUUUAUUAUCAUUGUGUAAUCCUUCUGAAACAAUUCUCAUUGAUUUAAAUAAUCCAAAUAUUUAUAUUACAUUAGAUAUUUUCAUUUGUGUACAGGAAAUGUGCUGCAAGGUUCCUUAAAAUUAUUGUACAGCUAAAAACUGACUGAAGGGGAAUAUAUACCGCAGCAAAAAUAAUUGAUUACUUAUUGUAUUGGUGCUGAACUUUUACACAAGUAGAUUGUCCUGUGCUGUAAAGUGUGCUACAAUAAUGAAAUGCCUAGAUAUUGUUUUUUCACAAUCUUAUGUAAAGUUUAAGGGAUAAGUGGAAAUUCAUCAGGAGUGCUAACUUACUUCUUUGCUACUCAAUUGCAUUGUCUGAAACUGUUUAAAAAUUCAGUACCAUCGAUCAUGGUGUGUUGGGUGAUAAGUGCCUAUAGAUAGAUAGCAUCUUUUUUUAUCUUUCCCAUGAGCUCACCUCUCUCUCUCCAGUUUUUGUUUCCACAACAAAUUUAAGCAGCGUUCAUGCCAUGAAGCUGUUAAAUAUUAAAUCAUUGUCUCAUUUUUUAUGUGAGCUAUAAGUAAAUGUCUUAUUUUCCAAGAUGUGUUGAACUAUGAAUGUAUCAUGUUUGUGGACUAGUUGUUCAUUGUGCAUUAGUAAUUUAUUUUAUUUAGAACUUCACAUGAUUUAUGUAUCAGAUUUAGGACAGCACUUACAGAAAAAAAGGGCACAAUUCAUUUCUGUAGUAAAAAUCUAACUCACACCCUUUAAGUUUUGACAGAGGGACUUUGUUGCAGGAUCACAGUACACACUAGGUGCUGCACUAAUGUCUGGGAUAUUCUGAGUUUUAAGUCAUAAUUUUUUUUAAUAUCAGGGCAUUUUGUAUCAGUAAUAUAAAGGUUAUCAUUGUACUUCUGUGCCCGUAUAAAUUUUCAUGUGAGGUGGAAGCAUUUUUCUUUCUUUCAUUGCCUGUGAGAUAUGUUGGAAAUUUAUAAUAAAUUUAGAAGUUUAAAUGACAUGACAAAUUUAAUGAAUAGAAAUGUAAAAAAAUUACAGUUUCAACAAUAUGCUCAGGAUUGAAAGCAGUGGUUAGUAGUUGAGAAAGUAAUAUCUGUGAUAAAGUUUAUUCUAGAUAGAGUACCCACUGUCUGAAUAGAGUUUUUUUAUCUCCCAUGAGAAUAAUCUACACAGAUGUGUGAUUGGCUGUUGCAUUAUUCUCACUGUAUUAGUUAAAAUUCUCCCUGUAACAUACUUCAGUUACUGUGAUCACUGUAUUUUCAUUUUUGAGUAUAUCUGCCUUUGAAAGAAUUUUAAUGUUGCUUGGUAUUCUAACACUUCCAUUAAUAGUUCAUGUCAUAAUUCUUACAUGUAUAAGCUAUAACCUGCAUAUUUUCCUUUUAUUGUCUUCUUUAUCUAAUUUUUUUAACACUGCUUGUAUGAUUUUUAUGUCUGAAUCUCUCCUAUUAUUCAACAGUAAACGUUUUUCAGUCAGAUUUAGGACUGCUUAAAAAUGCAAUCACCAGUAAAAUUUAAAUGAUGAUAGAGUUAUUCUUAGUACCAGUUUCUGGCUAGUUCAUAUUUAAUGAACAAAACAAAUCAGUAAGUUUCUCUGACUUUCAUUUCACUCAUAGCAUUCAAUUUUGUGACCAUUUAUAACAAUAAAUUAAAUUUUGGUUACCAGGCUAUCCAGUAAAAUAGCUGUGAAUGUGAACUACACAUCCAUUUCGCAUGUGUCACCAAAGAGUAGUUGGUGGUGUCUUUCAGAAUUUGUAUGAAAACAUUUUGUUUUCAAUGAAACAUAGCUUGUCUUUUCGUAAAUUUGGCUACAUUGGUGAUAUCAAGAUGGAAUUAAAAAGAAAGCAUAACCAUCUGUAGUGUGUGUGUGUGAAAGAGUAAAUAUUUUUCAGAUUGAUAUAUUGCACUAUUUUGUCAAGACCUCACAGAGCAUAACAUUGACUUAUGAGGCACUCCACAGCAAUAAAUAUCGUAAUUACAGUUCCAGUAUUAAAUCCGUUGUUGUAUUUUUAUUGUUAAAUGGAAAGACUAAAUAUGCUGACCAUUGUAGAGAGAAUCUUCGAUGCUCUUAUGUAUUUCACACAAUGGUUGUCAUAAUAUUGACAAAAGUAUGCCUUAUUAGUGCUUGAAAAAGAGAAUGGCGUACUAACAUAUCAAACAGUGGACUGCCACCACAUCUCCAAAAAAGAAAACCCCUCACACAUUUGCAGUAUCGCUUAAGGAUAUGAAUUGUGUCAGUCAAGAUGAACAUCUUUUACUUUUUGUCAUGCAUGUAGCUGUUUCACUUUUCUUGGACACAUCAGUAUCUCAAAUAUAAUUUUAUUCUUGUGAUUGUGUUGGUUUAGAGUAAACAUGAUUUUAUAUUGAUGGCACCCAUUCAUUUGUAUGCAUUGCUGAAUUUUUUGAUGAAGUACUUAGAUCAUUUUUUUACUUUUGCCUUUCUCCUUUUCAUGUACUUUUAGUAAAUAGAACCCGUCUUGUAACAACAUUUUAGGACUAUAUUUUUAUAAUAUUAAUUGAAGCUUUCUUGGUAUUUUCAUGUAGAAUCAUGGUGUAGAAAUUCAAAGUCAAAUAUCAAGAACUGCUGCUUUUCACAGAUUUAUUUAUGUAAGGAGAUGAUUUGUAUUGAAACUUCAACCACUGACAGUUUCAAUACCACAUGGAGAGAUUUGAUGUCUGAAUGGAUUAUUUAGAUUGUUUUUUGCAUAUUAUUUUAACUCAUAUAAUCAUUUGUUAUUGAAAGCUUAGUAUCUUUGCCAGAAGCAAUAAUACUAAAUUAAUUCAGUGGAGUGUAAAUCAAAUUUUUUUCAGUUAUGAAAUCUCCUGUGCAAAACAACAGCUGUUUUCAAAACCUUUCACUGCCCAGUUAUUGGCAGUCUGCUGUCUGUUUGAGCCCUAGUCAUGUAGCGGGAGCAUUUUCCUGAAUUCAUGUUUCCCACUCCUGCAUGUUUACCUCCAGAGUACAAUAAGUUUACUUAAUACUCUGUUCCUCAAUGUUCAUUACAUAUUUGGUGCACUUUUUCUCUGAAUCUUUUUUAUGUUUGUGACUCAAUAUCACUACAUACAGUAUGUGUAAUAAUCAAAUUUAUGUAGUGUCACCAAGAACGAAAAAAUUCCAACUGUUACAUUGUGAUGAAAGCUAUCGAACAAUUGUCUUAAGAGCCCCAAAUGGAAUUUUGUAAUGGACAUUGUAUUUACCAUUCCAUUAUUUUGCGUAUGUGACAAAAUCCAUGUUGAGCAUAGCCAUGGCAUAAAGGGGAAAAAAACUGUGUGUCAAUGCAAAAAGCACAUUCCACUCUUUGGUGUACAGCUGCAUUCUAUUGAAUAAGAAUGCGGGAUGGAUUGCAUUUCCAACCACCAUGAGAGUGCAUUUCCAAUUACCUUGAGAGUAGAUGGAAAACAUAGAAUGUUAUAUAAUUGUAACCUUAAAAAUUCAUCAUCUAGUCUUAUUAAUACAACUAGAGAAUUAGAUAAAUUUCUGGCACAAAUAAGUGAAUAUGUUAGGUGUGAGAAAAUUACCUAACCUAAACCAGUGAAUAAAUCAUCAAAAAGGUUUUGAUGUUUGGAGCUCUAAGUAACAUUAGAUGUGGCAUCAUGGACCAACUUAUAAACAUAAAUUAAAGGAGUUUUUGUACGUAUGAAGACAACAUGGCUGUAUUUACUGAAAUUCAAUGAGGCUGAAAUAAUAUGAUAAAAACUAAAAGAUACAAAAGGGUGUAUCAUAAAGUCAGGCAUUCAUGUAGUACCUGCCCUCUCCUGGAAAGAAACAUUAAAAAGUCAGAAAUAAAGGGGUAGACAUGACUUCACUAGUCUGGUUAUUGGAGUCCUUCCUCCUUUUUGGCUUCAUUCAUAAGAUACAUAUCUGUUAUAACUCCAAUCUCUCCUCUCUGCCUAAAGUUUCCCCUAAGAAAAACAUGCCUAGGUUCUGAAAGCUUUGUACUGUCCAGCAGCUUUUCAAAUAUUGAUAUCCCCCUCACUAAUUGGAGAAUAUUCUUUGUUAAAACUAUAUCCAUUUACUGAUACAGGAAUUGAAACGAGGUACAUGUUGAAGAUAUUUUGGAUAUAUUAUUUAAGGUGUGCACCAAAACGUGAGUGAUUCAGGCAAUCAGAAUAAUAAGACUGACACAUUACACAGUGUAAUUUAUAAAACAAAAGCAAUUAUUAAUACCCAGGAGGGAAGUGAGAGGCACAAAUGAGUAGAAGGAAAUGAGGAAUAGUUACAGAAACAGGUAAAAGCACAGGGGUAGCAGGUAGAAGGGAAGAAAUUAAGCCUUAGAUAUGUACUGGUACGAAGUGAACGCUAUAAACUGGUAGUGGGACAAUCAUGUCAAUGGUUAUGUAAUUGUGUGUUUGGGGAGGGGGAGGAGGGACAGUUGUACACAUAAAUACAUGUUGUUUGCCACUUCUUUUGUCUCAGUUGAAUUAUUCUGAGACAAAUUCAUAAAUUGUAAAUGUUAUUUAUAAAGUCUUUUUAACAGCAAGAGUUUUGUAUUGUUGCAUUUCCCUGUAAACAUCAAGUUUUUAAUCCGUUCUCAUGUUAUAUGUGCUUUUCUUAUUUCAGCUAUGUUUUAUGUGAAAAAACUAAUUAAUCUUUAUGAUUCCACUAGAUUUUCUUCUUAUUGAUUAAGCUGUGUUCUUCAGUGAAUAGCUUCAUGCCAAUGUACUUUGUUGCCAAUGUGAGUGAGGAAUAGUCAUUGACAGACAUUAUUUAGUCACUUUUAUUUUGGUAAGCUCCACCAUAUAUCCCUUCUUGAAAUGUCUGUUAAGUCCUGUGUUGUGGAAAGUAUAGGUUACUAAUCACCUCGUAGAAGAGGCAGUGAGUCACAGACAAGCACAACAGAAAGACUGCUAAACAGUUAAGCUUUCAGGUAAAAGAAGUCUUCCUCCUGAUACAGAAAAACACACACGCACCACACAUAUAGGGCCACCCAGAGUGGUGGCCCUGUGUGUCUGAGUUGUGCUUGUGUGAAUAUGUGUUUUUUGUUUUGGAAGAAGGAUCAUUUUAUUGUCCAAAAGCUUCCAUUUUUAGCAGUGUUUUUUUGUUGUGCCUCUCUGUGAAUCAAUGCCUCGUCUAUGUAGUGAGUAGCAGUCUAUCCAUCUCAUAUAGCUGCUACCCAAUCCCGGACUUUCCACUGUUUGAUUAGGUUGUAUAUUGGAUUCACUUUAAACAAGAACAGUAUUAAAAAUAUUUCCAAAAUGUGAAGAGUAAAAAGUAACUCAGAUUGAAGCAGAUAAGGAUAUUCUACUCCUACUCCUUUUGUAAACUUUUUUACUUAAGGAGGCAAUAACAUCAUUACAGAGUAACUUCUGCCACUGAGUCUUGUAAAAUGUAAAACUGCCUCACAGAUCUUCACUAAUCAAUGUAUUUGCCAGAUAGUGCGCCAGUUGGAGUAGUACUUAAAUGUAUGACACUACCUCCUACUUGUAAAAUCCAAACUAUUACACCUAGAAUUGUUAUGGUAGUUAAAAUGCCCUGAGCUAUUAUUUUGUGUUGCCUUAGACACUCUUGAAAAUCGGAAGGUUUUUCUUACAUCUACAGAUCUUGAAAAGAGAUCAAACAUCAAAGACACAACACCUUCCUUGAAUGUAUUCUCUGCUGAUAGGAAUGAAGGUGGAUCCACAAAGCCGUAGCAUAAUAGCGUGGAAUGUUUCAGUGUGUUUGACAAACUCUUAUCACUGCUCACCAAAAAGUAUAAGCAAAUAAUUUCUUUUGAACAUGUCCCUGGUAUUUGUUAGUUCUGUGGCAAAGUGGCUUUUUUUAACAAAAUUUACCCAAUUAAUACAUGAUGGGCUGUUAAAUCAUUAUUACAAAAAUGUUCCAUGAACACAAAAAAAUGUUGGUGGUUUAUAAUCAAUAAUUUUAAAAAUUACUGCAUCUCGUCUUUUAUUGAUCCAGCUUUGAUGAAAAAUGAGCUGCAAAGAGUAAACUAGAGAACAAAAGUUACUUAAAAACCUUUAGAUUCAUUUUGCUUCUUGGCAGUUUAAUUUCCCUGCUACUCCAUAUAAUUUGUAAACCGAGCUUUUGAAAUCUCUGUUAUGUCAUUUGGUAAGAAUGCAGUAUUUUUCCAACAUUCUUUUAUUGUCAUAGGGAAAGGUUUUUAACUUAGCUGUAGUUUCCAUUUUGAUGCAGUAUAAACUGGGAGACCGUCCAUUGCUUUGUUAGUUGCUCAUGUAUGUGUGGGUUACUAAAAUGCAUAUUCAUUUUGAACAGAAAAUACUGGCUGUAAACACAGAGAGAAAUGCCACUGCGAGGAUGCAGUCGCAUACAGUUGUUGGUUUUCAUUCCAGUACUGGUUGAAUUUCUUGCAAGUAAAGUUAAUACAGUUGAAAAGCCACUGAAAUUAUAUCUUCUCUAAGAAUAAAGUUUGCCCGAAUCUCUUAUGUUCCUAAAACUGAUGUUGGAGAGUUGGUGGUGCAUGUGUUUCAGAAUGGCACUGGAGAGGUUGUACAUGUUUUAGAUAUGUGGAAAUGUACACCAGUUUAAUGCCAAAUUUGAAAUCCGAAGAGCUACAGUUUCAUUUUUUGUAGUUUAUUACCCACCACCAUACAUAACAAAAAAUAUUUUAUAGUGUAGCUUAUCAGAGUGCUCCAUUGAUCAUUGAAUCAGUAAUUGUGCAUACAAGAAGUCUAAACAAGCAAAAAUCAGUCUGGUGUCGCAGAACUAGUUUCAAAGUAUAUAACUUAGAUUUUCUGUUCUAAUAGAACAGAGGAUACUAAAAGAGUGACAGACAUUAAUCAGCUCAAAAACUUUCACUUACUUGUAUUUACCCUCUCAGUAUAUGUUAUGCAAAGACUAAUAGUUUCUAAAUAUAGUGGUAGUGUAUUAAAAAAUUUUAAGAAGUGGACAAUCACUUCAGAAAUCUGGUAACCUAAAGUAAUAUUGUCCAUUCUGCCACAGAACCCAUUACUGCAGAGAUACAGUGAUCAAACUGUUUUGUUAUGAGACUAUACUGUACGUUGUUUGAAUGGUAAGUUUGAAGAGUAUUAUUCUUACUAAUUUGCACUUGUUCAUGAGAUUCAUCAGAAAGAAUGCAAAAGAAAAAUGCUACCACUCUUAUAGAAUGGUUUAAUUCAUAUUGAACAUCGCAAAUUUUGGAACUGCUCGAAACCAGUAGCUGUCUAAGAACUAACCUAAUGUGCAAAAUGCUUGAGAAAUUAUUUUUAGUGUGCCAGAGAAUAAUGUAUGGUAGAUUGGUUGCUGCUAUAACUGUAAAAUCUGUUCAGAGUGCAGUUUUAUUUGUUAUUGGCAUUAACUGACUGCUAAAUAGAGAGAUAUAAAACUACUGAAUAAGAAAAUCCUUUGUGUUGUAACUGUCAUAUAUUUCGAGUAUAGACUUUUUAUAUGUAUAUUGUGUUGUUAAUGUUAAACAAUUAUUUAUUUGUAUAUUAUUCAUAUUUAAGCUUCUUAUUUAUGUUGUUGUUAUUUUGUGUGUUUCUGUGUGCAUGUGUGUGGUUUUUAGUAAUAAAUUUAGUUAAAUAAUGACAGUGUGAUCACUUGACAUACUUAACAUUUGUAAUUUCUUUUAUUCUGCUUACAAUGUUUGGAAAUGCUCAGUAUUUUUAUUUAUCGUGUACUGAACAUUAUUAAUGCCUUAUUGCCAAGAUCUGAAAGAAUCUGCUAUGUUUAAAUAGGAUUUAAUAUAGUAAUCAUUGACUGAAAUAACUUUUUUACUGCAACAUUGCUUUUAUUUUUCAUUAACGGAAUGUAAAUAAAUUUCAGUCUUAUAUGGCAUCAACUAAUCUUCCAUACAUGAAGAUGCUGACUUCUUGUAAGUCUGGUUUAAAGUAUUUAAUUGUUGGUACAAAUUUAAUGCAAUCCCAAAUAUCAUUUUUGAAUUGUCAUUUGUAUCAUUUUGACAUAAAGUUGUUACAUUUA